AUGGCCUCCUCCGAAACCGAAACCAGCUGCAGGAACUCAAUGCCAUGCUCAUGGGAGGUGGGGGAAGCAGGCGCCAAUUCCUCGCCAUCACCGUCUCCGAAGAAGAGAGGUUUGAUGGGAGGUGGGGGGAAGCAGGCGCGGGACGGGAGCAAGCACCCGAUGUACCGCGGCGUGCGGAAGCGGGCAUGGGGGGAGUGGGUGUCGGAGAUCCGGGAGCCCCGUAAGAAGUCGCGCAUCUGGCUCGAGACCUUCCCGACGCCGGAGAUGGCUGCGCGGGCCCACGACGUGGUGGCGCUUAGCGUGAAGGGCACCGCCGCCGUCCUCAACUUCUCCGACCUCGCCGCCUCCCUCCCCCGCCCCACCACCCUCUCCCCUCGCGACGUACAGGCCGCCGCCGCCGCCUGUGCGGCCGCCAUGGACCUCCCCUCCGCCACCCAUUACCCCACCCGUCCCGACGGGUCCUCCGACGACCAUUAGCCAUUGUAACUGAAUGAGCCAUUUUCUUCUUCUUCUUUGUUUCCCAUUCGCUUAGUGGGUUUGCUUAUAAGGCCAUUAGCCAUUGUAACUGAAUUAAUUGCACGGUGCUCUUUUUUAAAGGGCAAGAGAGGGGAGGAGAGAAGAAAAACGAGG